UUAUUAUUUUUCGCAAAGGAAGAAUGUUUUUUAUCACGUUUUGAGUUGAAUCUAAUAAAGUCUUUAAAAAAAAUUACCGCUGAUUCUGAUCCCACGUUUAAUACUGAACUGUCACUAAAAACCAUGAUUGUAAGUUUUUUCCCCAACUGAAGUAUAAGUGACAUAACACGUUAUUUCAGUUUCAGGUGGACAACAUGAUUUGCUUAUGUCUUAUACAUCGUGAAGUGAUGUAUAAGUAAGUCUAAUUAACCAUCUGUCACUAUACAGAGUUUUUUUUUCUUGUGAUGAGAACUUUAAUGAUUUACUUCCUUGGCAACUUUCAAAUUUGAAAUACAAUAUUAUGGACUUUCAUCACCAUGCUGUACAUUAUACCCCAUACUGUAUUUGCUUUAUAACCGGAAGUUUGUACCUCUUGAUCCUUUUUGCCCAUCUUGCCCAUCCCCCAACCACCCUCCCGGAAAGAGGGGUAUUACUGAAGCCACAGGAGGUAGGAUUGACAGGGCUUGCUAAUUGGGUUGGGUGGGAGGUGGGGGAAGUGUCAAGGUCUCUGGCUGCGUCGCUGGGUGACUGAGGAUACCAUUGCCUGAGCACAGGCCCUGGAGAUAGUCACUUUUAUGGAGGGGGUGCGGGGGAAGCGAUGGUGAAUUCCGUUGUAAACGUGCUGAGUUUGAGGUGUUGGAGGCAUCUAGUUGCUGUCAAGUAGGUGGUGGAAUACAUGGGUGUGAGUGUGGAGGAAUUCUAAGCUGACUAUAUAGACACUUGACUCAUCUACUUGUAGGUGGUUAUUGAAAACUGGCCUAAGAAAAGCGUGUAGAAUUAAGAGGGCUCCAGAGCACAGCCAGGGAGGGACAGGCCAUGGAGAGCUAAAGGGAUGGACCUCUAGUUACAGCGGAAGGAAAGGAUGGAUGCAGGUAGACUUAGGUUUAGAUGUUUGCUUUCUGGAAAAUGAGAGUAUUUCCUUUGAUGUCUCCUGUAUUCUUUGUGAAGUAGGGAUUAAAGCAAUUUGUUUGGCGAGAAGAGGAGUUCUAAAGUGUUAAGAUAAUCUUUAUGGAAAAUGAGUUGAUCAGGGAAACAGUAGGCCUGCCGAGCAAGGCGGGGUUCACGGGAGGCAGAGGGCUUUGAGCAAGGGGUGUGUGGCAGCCAUAGUUACCACUGUCACCUGGCUCCUGGGCUCCUGCAGGAGCCUUCUCACUGGGUUCCCUGCCUCCUUUCUCCUUCAUCUCUCCCCAGCCCACCUUUUCUCACAAAGCACUUAUAAGGCUAAAUCAGAUUAUGUUACGACCCUGCCUGGACCCUGCAGUGGCUGCCUAGUGAAGAAUAAUUCAACCCCGAGUCCUUAGCCUGGCCUUAACCCUACAUUCUCAUCUCCCACCCCCCAGCUCAGCCAUGCUGCCUGUACUGUUUCUUGACCAAGUCAAACACGCUCCCAUCUCACAGUUCAGUCUGGAAUAUCCUUUCUCACAUCUUUCUCUUGUCUGCUUGCUCUCCUUUCUUUGUUCAGGUCUUUGCUCAAAUACACUUUUCAGAGAGGCCCUCCCUGACGACCCUGGCUAAAACAGCAGCCCCUUUACGCUGUUUCACUUUUCUCUGUACCUCUGAUCACUUCCCGUCUAGACUAGAUGUAAGGGCCUCGAGGGCAGGGAUUUAAUUUUGUAACCUAGUAUAUAUUUCCAGCACCUGUAACAGUGCCCAAAACACAGCAGGCACUCAGUAGACGUGUGCUGAAUAAAUUGAUGAACAAUUGGAGGUGUUUAUUACCUGCCUUCUACCUAAAAUGUCGGUUCCUUGAGGGUAAAGACUUUGUCCUUAUUUUUCCUCUCCUUCAUCUCCACUGUCUAGUGACAUAAAUCAGAGUCUGUUGCUCUUUUGUUGGUGACUGAAUGAAUGAAUCAGGACUGUUCAGUGGGACCGGUCUGCCCUGUUGUGUGACCCUCCGGGAUGCCAAGUGGCAUCUCCCCUUCACCUCCACCUGCUGCAUUCAAACUUCUGUCCCACCAACCCGUGGACAAAAGCUCUUAUUAAAACUGAUCUGGGUACUGGAUUCACUGGACACUUUUGCAGACUUUUUAUUACUUUGUGGGGCCUGCUGUCCCUGCCUCUCUCUCCAGCCUCCCGUCUCUGCCGACACAGCCCAGGUUCCGGCCUCAUCGGCUCCCAGGUGGCACAGAACCUUCUGCCUGGUCCGCCUGCUUCCGGGGCACUUGUUCUCUCCUUUCACACUGUCGCCAGGACCAUCUGCCUAAGAGUCAAAACAAAGGAAAAACAAUUGCGCUACUUAUGAGACAACUGAAAUUUGAACACAGGACAUUUGGUAUUUAAUAUUUAAGGAAACACACACGUUACUAUAUGCUAAUGCAUGGGUUGGAACUGGAGUCUCUCCCCAGACCUGACUGCAGCCAGCAUCAUGCAGUUACUCACUGCUCUUCACUCACCUGUUGAUGCCUCCCAGAAAAAAACGCUGCCAGACGGCCCAGAAACCCCAGCUGCUAUUCCACCAACAACCACUAGAGGGCCCCAGACACCGCCAAGGAUCUCCCCAGCUUCCUGUCACCCACGCUAGACAGGUGCCCAGCAAGCCCAUUGACCACACCAUCGUCACUUCCUGGGUAUCACCUCAGUUUGAUACAACAGCAGAAAGCUGGUUCCCAGCCAACCAUAAACGUCAUCUCCGAGCCCAGGCCAGGCAUUCAAGUCGGAAAUCUGCCACCUGCAAGUUUCCACGUCUAACAUUUGAGAGUCCACCGUCUUCCUCCAGGUCAGCCACACCCGGGACCCCCUUAAUCAGGGGCUGCCCCAACCAACCAGAAAAGGACAUUGCCAGAAGGGCCUUAGUUCCCAUGCUCAGUCCCCAAAGCUGCGGGGAGCUGUCAGCACCUGCACUUCAAAACCUACCUUACGUGUUCACCCCACCUGAUAUCCAGACCCCAGAGUCGUCCAUGAGGGGAGGGCUCGUGCCCCCAGAGCAGAGGGGAAACAGCCUUCCGAGCGGCUCCCUUCACAGCAGCACUCCCGAGAGCCCCGAGCCCGGGCCCGUUCUGGUUACAGACACCCCCGAGGAGAAGUAUGGAAUAAAGGUCACCUGGAGGAGGCGACGACACCUGUUCAUGUACCUCAGGGAGAGAGGGAAGCUGAGCAGAAGCCAGUUUCUUGUGAAAAACUGACGGGAUUUCUCAGACAUCAGGCGUCCCAAGAAACUGAUGGCUGGUUUUCAUCCAGUUGCUCACAUCACUUGUCUAGCUCACAAGCAAGGACGUCAGUAGGGUAAAAUGGAAGCAACACCAGGAACACCAGUAGAAAAAAGAUAUUUUAACUAGAGCUGUGAAGUCAUGAGGGAAUUCAAUUUCCAGACUUGCUUUUUAAAAUAUCCGGUGCCAUAAACAGUUUUUAGUGUCAUAAACAGUUCACUUCAUGUUUUCCUUGUAUUAACUGUUUUAAAAUUUUAAAUAUUUUAAAACUGCUUAAAAUGUAUGUAAAUAAAUGGCUGCAGAAAGUUUUCACAGAAGCCUGCUCCUGACACUAAUGCAGCAAUACAGCCUCCUUCACAAAGGGGUUUCUUAGUUGUUCCCUGUAACCACUGCUUUUUCAGCCUUCUAAUCGCUUCCUUCAAACUAACUCAUUCCACGUGUUUGAGUGCCAGCUCUGUGUACAGCUCCCUCCGUGACAUGAGGCAUGGAAAAACUCGAAGCAAAGUGAGUGUUUGUAGCUGCUGCCUCUGCUCGUCUGCUGAAAGGGCAAGGUUCUGAAGAAAGGGCAGCAAGCCUGUUUUAAUGAGUUCAGUGGGAUCAGGGGAGAUAAGUUACUUCGCGGUGCUAUGUUUUCAUCUCUUGCUUCCAACUGAAGUAACCUGUAAAAAUUAAAUAGGGUGGGAAAAUGAUUUCUUGUCGUAACUGUUUAAAAUGUAUGUAAAUAAAUGUGUAAUGUUUUCAAAUA